GUCUCAAUUCUUCCUUCAUCCGCUGAAGCGUUGCAUUCUCUGAGAGGUCUCCCAUUUUUCUGGUUGAUAUGCAAGCUCGUGGGAUAAAGAUAAAGAGAUACCAGAUGGAAUCCCAAUGCUCCUCCUAUGCAUGAACAGAAAUUGUCUUCGUACCACCAAGCGACUGCAGCAGAGAUGGUGAAAAAUCACACAUCAAUCGAGUGGACCUGCCAUCCUCCAGAGGGGACCCUGAAGCAAAGCUGGUGCCAGUUCCCUCCCACAGGACUCUGUCCCUCCGGAAAGCAGCAGGUAGAGAUGCAAAAGUCUAAAAGCACACUAGAGGCAAUAGAGAAAAAGGGAGCGGAGCAAGUGAAAUGUCAAAUCGAUGAUCAGCUGUAAACACAGACAAUGGUUACUAUGAGGCCGGGCUUCUCCACCGACCAGUACCACCACCUCAACAGAUUUGAUGGAUCUCCCCAGAGCUGAUUGUGGGGGCGCAGCAGAGAGAGAAGUCCCCUCCAACACGACAGUGCCAACUGCCAACCAAGGAGCUCCCCGGAGCGCUCACUCUCUCGAGCAACAUUAUUGAUGGAGCGGAAAGGGAGCGUGCGAGGGCCCCCACGAAAGAAGAGAGUCCCUGCUUCACAGGCCUGUCGGUUAGUAUGACAUCCUCACUCCCUUUCUUCGGUAUCAAUCCACAUCGAUUGAUGCCUUCCUUGCAUUUUCACCAAAUGACUGUUUGUUUAUCUCCUGCUGUCAAAAGCUUACUCGUAAGGACCACACUCACUCACUCACUGCUGCAAACGCGGACAAAUAGUACAGAUAGUACUGCCAUGCCCACACACCACCACCAAUCGCUUUCACUGUCAGUGCCUACUAAUUACACUGGUUACAAACAUACCAAUUAUCUUGAUCGCCAUUCCAUGUGUCUGAAAAACAUAUUGUCUAGAUUGACUUAGGACUACGCCACUGCACGAGGGGUCACGUGGUCUUCAGCUCUCCAUGGUCUCUUUGCUGUCAGGAGGACCCUCCUUUCCUUGCCUGCUAGUUUGUUGUUAUUAUUAUCUUCUCCUCUUUUUCAAGCUGGAUGGAAGAUGGAGGUUGAGUUGUAGGAAAUGGCAGUGGCUGAACACUAAUCAUUGCAUAUUUCGUUGACAAAAUAGUUGCAGUUUCAGGAUUUGAAGUGGCACGGUGGUUGGAUCCAGGACUUGGUUUGAUCUUUAAAGACAUCUAUUAUAGAUAAACAGACUGUCCUACGCCUGCACAUUUCCCUCAUUAUUAUCUCUCUGAGAUUUCACCCAGACAGAGAGCAGCUGCAUCCUUCCUCCUUCCUCCUUCCUCCUUCCUCCUUCCUCCUUCAUCAUCUGCUUGGUAAAGGUGAAAGGUGAAAGGUGAAAGUAAAGUGAAAUUGUUCCUACAGAAGAAAAAAGUUAAAAAGGGAGAAUUCUGAAUUCCACUUGUGAGCUGCGUGGCCAGAUUAAUUUUUUAUGUAUCAGCCCCUGAACUUUUGUUUACUGCACCAUGAAUAGACUGUUCUUUACUGCCUUUACUGCACCAUAAAUGAUUAACUCACCAUUUUUAUUCAUUUUGUUGGUUUCGGGAGAAGCCCCGCCGUCUUGGCUCCGCCUCGGUCCCCGUCGCCGGCUCUGCCACAGCCACAGUCGCAAGAUUCCAAUCUCCAAGAAGCAAAAUAGCUAGGAAACAACCUGUUCAGGUCUAAGAAGAGCUCGCAUACACAUGUACAGGGACCAGACCAAUCCUGCUCCUGGCUUACCACCCAUUUGGAGUUCUGUCUCACCCCGCUUGCCAGUAGAGGCACUGCACCGAGGCAUCAGCAGCAGCAAGGAUCAGCUAAAGGUGGCCCAACCUACUUCUUCGACUACCCAGGCGCUUGCCAUUGCAAUAAAGGCAGGCAGCCAUCUAUCUUCUUCUUCUUCUCACCUCACAUUAUUACCAUCGUCAGUUAUCACCCCGCCAGCCCCCUCUUCUGAAUCUCCUUCUUCGACUCCCCAGGCUCUUGGCAUUGCAAUAAAGGCAGGCAGCCAUCUACCUUCUUCUUUAACUUCUUCUUCUCACCUCGAUCGCAUUAUUACCAUCAUCAGUAAUCACCCCCCUGCCAAGGCAGCUACAAGUGUCAGAACUCCCUCCGGAGAGAACUAUCCACCUUCACCUCUAUCUCUAUCCCAUGCACAUAUCUGUCUAUCUGCCUGCCUACCUGCCCCCUGCCUACCUUAAUUCCAAGUGAGGCACUUAUUUAAAGGACCGAGAGCUGUAUGUUUUGCAUUGUAAGUCUGGUUUCCGAGAAAGAGGAAGCAGAUCUCCAUCAGAACUCCUCUGAAGAGACAGGCCCUCCUCCCCUUCUUCAUUCUCGCAGCAAAUCAGAAAGGGGCUGUAUAAAGGGCCGACCUUGGAAGAAUACAGAGGGAAAGCGUAGCCGUUUGCGUUGCCUUCCUCCUCCUCACCUGUGCGUGUCUCCAUGGACUCCCAUCUAUGGAGAGACCGGCAGCAGCAGUCAGAGCACCAGCCCCCUGCGCUUGCUCUGCUCGCGCCUGAGCCCAGCAACAGCAGCAUCAACAAGGCCGCUGUCGCGGCCGCCCAUACUCCCCUCUUUACUCUCCCAAGCGUAGGCUAUUUCACUUUGGCGCAGUGGCAGGAGCUCGAGUUGCAAGCUCUGAUCUACAAGUACAUGCUAGCUGGUGUUUCUGUUCCUGUGGAACUUAUUCUGCCCGUCAGAAGGAGCCUUCUCAGUGCAUCCCCAUACUUCCACUACCCUGAGCUCUAUCACCAUUUCCAGCCAUCCUUGUUGCAAACGAGCUACUGGGGGAAAUGCGGCAUCGAUCCGGAGCCAGGAAGGUGCAGGAGGACGGACGGGAAGAAGUGGAGAUGCUCAAGAGAGGUUGUGGUAGGCCAAAAGUAUUGCGAGCGUCAUGUUCACCGAGGCCGAAACCGUUCAAGAAAGCAUGUGGAAGCCCCCACAACAUCUUCCAUCUCAGUGUUGAAAACUGGCCUUUCCACACCUUCAGUGUUGCUGGCUCAAGAGAACCAUCUCAACCUUCCUAGACCUUUGGCCACACCGAAUACGCAUUCUCUGGACCGGAGACAAUCAGGCAUACAAACUGUUGAAAAGAAUCUUCAAGGCAAUUGUCCAAACUUCUACCUCGACGAUCUUCCAGACAAUAAACCUGAAGGCUAUGUGCUCCAGAGGUUCUUGGACGAAUGGCCAAAGUCUCAGCGAGAGAACGAUGACAGCAUCAACUACGCCAUCCAUCCUGCUUCAACUACUCACCUCUCUAUUUCAGUCCCUGGGAAUCAUUCAUCGGAUUUCUCUCUGAAACUGUCCACUGGAAAUCCUGAGCAACCAAGAGAAAAUAACAACAAUGGCCUUGAAGUACAACAGUUACCCCAACCUAGCAACAAGGGAUCUGGAUGGGUUAGCCAUGGAGAGGCAACUAUGGGUGGUCCACUAGCUGAAGCACUCCGUUCCUCAACCUCAACUCACUCGCCAACUAGUGUUCUGCACAAACCUAAUGGAUCGAUAUAUGAGAUCAGUAUCAUUAGCUCUUGAGAAGCUUCUCUUAGUUGCUUUAAUUUGCUAACUCUAUGGCUAUACAUUUCAUGAUUUGGUAACUUAUCCUAUUUCUAUUCAUUGUAACAUAUGCCAUUCACUCUCAAGUAUUCUCAUUUGUGUGCAUCAUUAAAGUUGGUUUAGCUGAGGCA